AUGCCUCCCACCUUCCAAGACUCGGGCAAAUAUGCGGCCAUACACGCAUCUCCCAAGGGCGCAGGCGACGCUCGUCCGACAGCUCACGCUAUCCUUCAAGACGAGCAUGUCAUCGGUGCACUCGCCGACAAAACCAUCCUCCUCACCGGCGGCUCCAGCGGCAUCGGCGUCGAAGAAGUCCGCGCGCUUGCGGCGACUGGUGCAAAAGUCGUCUUCACUUCCCGUGAUCUGGCCAAAGGCCAUGGAGUCCGAGAUGACAUUGUAGCGCACUGGAAAGAGCAGGGGGUGCAGCCGCGGAUCGAGGUGAUCCAGUGCGAUUUGCAGAGUUUGGCAUCCGUCAAGCGAGCGGCAGAGGAGUUUAAAAAGGAUGAUGACAAGUUGAAUGUGUUGGUGAACAAUGCAGGGAUCGCCAUGACACCCUUCAAACUCACCCAAGACGGAUUCGAGCAGCAAUUCGCCGUCAAUCAUCUGGCGCACUUUUUGCUGUUUCAGCUGCUCAAGCCACUGCUUCUGGCUGCUUCGACGCCCACUUUCAGCAGUCGCGUUGUCAACGUCGCGAGUUCCGCCCACCACAUGGGCUCAGUCAAGGUUGGGAAUUACAGUUUUGAGCAGGGCGGGUAUGAUGCAUUCGCAGGAUACGCAAGUUCGAAGACAUGCAACAUCUGGAUGUCCAACGAACUUGAGCGUCGCUAUGGAUCGCAAGGCCUGCACUCCACGAGCGUUCAUCCGGGAGGGAUCAUGACUGGCCUGCUAAACAGUCAUGACGAGCAAGUUCGGCCGCAAGAAAACAUCCAGCGGGCCAUGAAGAGCGUUGAGCAAGGCGCUGCCAGCGUUGUCCUAGCGGCUAUUGGAAAAGAGUACGAAGGCGUCGGAGGCUUUUACAUGGAAGACUGCGGUGUCAGUGCAGCAUUACCGGAGAACGCACAGUUCGGCGAGCCGGGAUACAAGCCUUGGGCUUACGACGAGGAAGGAGAACGUCGGUUGUGGCUCGACUCUUUGGAGAUGCUCAAGUUGAAUGAUGACUAG